UACUAAACUUUCUUAUAAACGUGUGUGAAUCAAACGUCAUUUUCGAUCAAAAUUCACUUAUACAUAUAAAUUACCAAUUACAACCCAAGAAUUUAUUCUUUAUAAUCCGAUUAAAAAAAUGUAUAUUUUAAACAAAAUAUAUAUUCAUUGUUCCACAUGUGCUAGUAGUUUGUGUCCGGAAUCACGGAUUAUAAAAAGAAAAGUAAGAAAAAUAGUGACAGAUAAAAAAUGCAUUUAAAUAUUUGUCUCUUUCUCCAGUCGGCCCAUUGGUCUCUGUCUCGCUCAAGUCUCACCUAUAGAGUUACCUUUUUAUACACUGUGUAACACUAAGUCCCCUUCUCCCAUUUAAUUUCUCUUCAUUUUUUUGUGUCUUUAAUGGAAAAUUUAUGAUUUCUGAUGAUCAGUCUCACGAUCUCAUCUCUUUCUCUUUCUCUAUAAAUGACCUAUUAUGAUGUUUUUGCAGCUAUAUAUACGGACAUUUGUGUCUAUUUUUCUAUCCAUCUUCUCAUUCAAUAGUAGAAAAGAGGAAAAACACAAAAGACAACAGUAGAAAAGGAGAAAGAAAAACAAAUCCCACUUUGAUCUCUUUCUACUUGUAUCUCUCAUCUUGAAAUUAAAAAAAAGCAAGAGGUCUCUUCUUAUUUUGCAGGUUGUUCCUCUUUGCCUCACCAUUUUUGAACAACAUCAUCUGAUCAUCAUCACUGAAUCUAUCCUUUUUUGAAGCACCUACCUCACCACUUUGCAGUACAAGGAAGUAUCCAAGUCUUCAUUCUAUCUCUCUCUUUUGUUACUUUAUUAUACCCUUUAACCAAAAAAAGUUAUUUAAUUAUUAUAAAUAACUAAAAACCUAAUCUUUGCCCUAAAUCACUCAAACUCGAUCUGGUGAAAGAACCCUAAUUUAGAAACAUCUAAAAAGCUAUGGAUUUGAUCUCUCAAAACCACCACAGCAGAAACCCUAAUACCAGUCUCUCGACGCAAACUCCUUCUUCCUUUUCUUCUCCACCAUCCUCUAGCCGCUACGAGAACCAGAAACGCCGUGACUGGAACACUUUCUGCCAAUACCUCAGAAACCACCAUCCGCCGCUCUCUCUAGCGUCUUGCAGCGGUGCACACGUCCUCGAUUUUCUGCGUUACCUUGACCAGUUCGGCAAAACCAAAGUCCACCACCAAAACUGCGCCUUCUUUGGCCUCCCAAAUCCACCGGCCCCUUGUCCUUGUCCUCUCCGACAAGCCUGGGGCUCACUCGACGCCCUCAUUGGUCGUCUCCGUGCAGCCUACGAGGAGAACGGUGGAGCUCCCGAGUCUAGCCCUUUUGGCUCACGGUCCGUCAGGAUUUUCCUCAGGGAGGUUAGAGAUUUCCAGGCUAAAUCACGUGGCGUUUGCUAUGAGAAGAAGAGGAAAAGGGUCAACAACAAGCAAAUAACUCAGUCGCAACCGCCUUUACCACAGCAGCCGCAGCAGGAGCAAGGUCAGUCUAUGAUGGCUAAUUACCACCAUGGUGCAACUCAUUAAUAUCGUAUUACUUCCAUAUAUAUAUGCUCGCAUCUAGCUAUUUAUACGUUCCAACCUUUGUAUUUGUGUCAUGCAAUCCCUAUUUCCUCCAUUAUCCACUGUUAAUUUAUAUCAUUGUUUCUUAAUUACACCUAUUGUUUUGUCUUUUCUUAUAAUCAAUAAGUUAAAUGAACUUGGAUUAAAUUU